GACGCGGAAGCUGUUCUUUCUGAAACAAACAGAGGGAUGUGGCUGGUGACAGUGUUGGUGCCUCUGCUCAGGCUCUAUUUGUGCGGCAUGAAAGUGCUUCUCUAUCAGAUGUUCAACAGGUCUUUUACGCUACCAGGUUCUCAAUAAGUGAAGGCAUUCAAGUGGAUUACUUACCAAAGGAACCAAUGGAGGGUAAAAAUUCAGGACCUUCAUGCUCUGGCCUCAAUCUGGUCGCACACCCACGGGCAAAAAGCAAAGUCUGGAAAUACUUUGGCUUUGAUACGGAUGCAGAUGGCUGCAUAUUGCACUGGAAACGGAUAUACUGUCGCGUAUGCAUGAGUCAAAUAGCUUACUCUGGAAACACGUCUAAUCUUUCGUACCACCUCGAAAAGAACCACCCAGUAGAGUUCAGCGAGUUCGUGAAGAGCAACACUGAUCAGAUGCGCGAGGCGUUUGCCACAGCGUUCUCUAGGAUAAAGACCGAGCCUUCAGGUCUACAUGUUCAGCAACAAUCCCAGGACACAAACUUAAGGCAGAGCUUACACUAUGAAAACAGACGACACAAUGAUCUGACUAUAGCUGUCAUCAACUUCAUCUGUGAGGGGCUGUACCCUGUAUCUGUAGUUGAAGAGCCGACUUUCAAAACCUUAAUGAGUACCGUCGAUCCUGGAUUCUCUCCCCCAAGCAAAAGCGACCUGGCAGUUAAGAUGCUACCUCAGAUGUACUGCCGAACCCGGGACAUGGUCUUCAAUGAGCUUGCUGGGGUUGUCAACUGUGGCGUUACCACAGACCUUUGGCAAAGCCAAACCCAGAACAGGACAUAUAUUUCCCUCUCAAUGCAUUCAGUUAAUUACAACAGUACAACUGGCUUCUCUAUGACCAACAAGUGCCUUAAAACGUUUGAAGUACAAGAGGACAACAUCGCUGAGAAUAUCACCAGAGCGAUGUAUGAAGCAUUUGUUGAAUGGGGGAUAACUCAUAAAGUCAGCGGGGCCACCACGAAUGGUUCAGUGGACAUUGUCAAAGCAUGCUCGCUCCUGGAACUGUCGGUGGAAAUGCCAUGCCUCGGACAUACCGUCAAUCGCGCGAUGGACGAAGCGCUCCAGCUGCCGCGAGUAGACAGCUUUUUGGGAUGUUGCCGCAAACUUGUCGAUCAUUUCAGAGAACCGGCGAUCUAUCUGUUAAGGGAAAAGCAGAAGCAGCACGGCCUCGCUCAAUGCGCGCUCAUCACAGACAGGGGCAGGUCUUGGUUGGCCACGUUGGCAAUGUUACAAAGACUGAAAGAGCAACAGGUUGCUGUAACUGCAACACUUAUAGAGAGUUCCAACAGCCAUCAUUUCAGCUUUGAUGGCCCCAACUGGACGUUUUUAGAGUGCUUGAUUGAAGUCCUCCAGCCUUUUAAAGUUGUGGCGAACAUGUUCACUUCUUGCAGGUACCCAACCAUUAGCAUGGUUAGGCCUGUGCUUCAUAUGUUGUUGAACACUACCCUCAAGGUCAAUGAAGGGGACCUCAAAGAGAUCAGCAUGACCAAAGAAGUCCUUGCAAAGGUCCUAUCAAGCACUUAUUCACAAAACACACAACUAUCGCAAGAAAUUUCAACGUUCCUCAACAUUGCGACCUUCCUGGAUCCUCGUUACAAGAAGUUGCCUUUCCUGUCCACUCAGGAGCGCUCCAAAGUUGAGAGUAACAUCAUAGAGGAGGCAAAAGCAUUUCUGGAGAAGCAGAUUGCAGAGCGACCAUGCCACGAAGAUUUCUCCUUGGUAUCCGAAGAGCCACCUAGCAAGAAGCAGACGCCUCUAAGAGAGUCCGCUAGCAGUGCAACCCAAGACAACCCUUUGGCUGCCAUAUUUUGCCAGUCUAAUGCUGACCAGAGCCAGGAGGAGCUGCAUGCACAGGUGGUAGAGGAGCUGAGCAACUACAAAUCACAAAGAGUCCUGGGUCUGAAUGAAGACCCUUUGCUGUGGUGGUCGAGUCAUGCACUCUUGUUCCCGACCCUCCCCAAGGUGCUUCAAAAGUACUGGUGUGUUCCCGCCACAAGUGUUCCUUGUCACAGGCUGUUGAGCUCCUCUGGGACUGUUCUGUGUGGGAAAAGGAACCGCAUAGCUCCAGCUUUAGUAGAUCAGCAGGUCUUCUUGUAUGAGAACUCGCGCAGCUAUUAUGAGCCGGAACCCUGUGAAGAGGAUUUGGACAAUGUUUGGGAGGGAAAUUGUAGUCUGGGUCAGCCACUUGAAUGACUGUGUGGCCUACAUGUCAGUAGUAUGAAAUUAUAAUGGACCUGUUCUUCUACUGGUAAUAAUAAAGAGUUUUUCCUAUAUUGUCGUAUUAAAAGCAUUUUGUAAUAUUUUGGGGAGAAAAUGCUUAUUUGUAUUCUUUAAGAAAGUUCCAGAGAUAAGAUUGUUAUAACUCAUGUCUGUGGAUGAAUCUCAAUGAUCCUCUUACUUUUCCAUCUAGCGCCAUAAUCGGGUGAAAGUUUUAACGUGUCCAAUAAUUUGGUUUCUGGCCAAAUACCUGCAGAACUGAUUCCGUCAGCCUCAGCUAUACACUGUGCUCAGUGCUAAUUAGCAUGCUAACACGCUAAACUAAGACUAACUGACAACAUCUCAAUUUUAGCAUUGGCAUUGCUGAUGUUAGCAUGUAGCUUAAAUAGAUCCCGUGCAGAAGUACACAUUUACAGAGCCCCUAGCAUGGCUGCUGACGCGACAGUUCUGUACAUGUUUCGGGUUAAAAAAAUAAGACCUGUCGUGUGAAUUAGCUGUUGAGGUGCCAGGCUAUCUGUUUCCCCCUGCUUCCAGUCUUAAUGCUAAGCUAGGCUAACCACGUCCUGACGCCAGCUCUGUACUCGACGCAGAUUUCUGCCAUCUCAAAAACUUCAAGAUGGAAGCAGUAUAUUAAAGAUUAUAAAUCAACUAUACAAAUAACUUUUUCUUAUUUUUGCUAUUGCACAAAUGAGAUAAGAACAUUAAAAUGCUGAUACCUUCA